UUUCAUGGACAAAACGAUGCAGCGGUGUCGUGUUGUGACGCCCCAGCUGGUCGGUAUUUAAACUGCCGACAGAGCUCUUCUUCACAUCAGCUCACACCACAUCUCCAGACAUGAAGGUCUUCGUGCUUCUAGCUUUGGUCGCGUGCGCCGCUGCCCUUCCUGUGGACGACACCCCGGAAGUCGCUGCCGCAAAAGCCACGUUCAAGGCCGCUUUUGAUGCUGCUGCAGCUCGCGCUGAGGCUGCACCAGAUUACGACCUGGACGGCAAAAUCUCUACCUAUACCGGCUUCCUCUCCGGCGUUGACGGCCGACUCUCUCCCUUCUACACUAACUCUCUCCCAUACGGCGCCUAUGGUCUCCACGCUCCAGUGGUUGCUGCAAGCCCAGUUGCUGGAGCUCUGACAUACAGUGGUCUUGGUCUAGCUAACACCUACAGCUUACCAACUGUGUACAACUUGCCUGGUGUUUACGGCUUCCCGGGAGCUUACAGCUUCCCAGGAUAUCCCUUCAUCCAGGUGACCAAAUCCAAAGAGUAGAACACGACUGCCUUCUUGACAUAUGUGAGACUGAUACAUGUAAAUGCUAUCAUAAUAAAAAAACAAAAUCUUUCGCUGGAUACUAAACUGUUUUUCGGUAUUAAAUAUUUUAAUUCUUUUUCAUAAUAAAUGCCAUAAAUACAACUGACAUUU